CAUCCAUUCCACCCUGAUACGCACAGCUGGCGCGCGCCAUUCGCCAACACGCAUCGGACACCUCAAGCGUUCUGUGUCGAUUAACCGCAGCCCAUGGCGGACGCUCUGCAAAGUAUGCACGUGCUACUUGGCUCCAUGUGCUUCUUCGCGCUGGUUUUCCAAUUCGCCAACCGCCUGUCGGAUCGCUACGUCAAAGUAUACCGGGACUUCUCUAUCCCGGAGCAGGGUGACUGGUGCUCGCGAGUGAACUCGACGAUUCAUGCACUAGUGAUCGCCACGGGCAUGACCUACAGCUUCAUGCAGCAGCAGUGGGAUGCCGACCUAUUACCGACUAAGGAGGCACCUAUGGAGCUGGCCACCAUACUCUUCUCCUUCUCUUGCGGUUAUUUCCUGUUCGAUCUGUUCGUGCUCGUACUGUGGCAAGUUCCGCUCUGGAGAGUCUUUGUCAUCCAUCACAUCGUGGCCGCGCUGCCUUAUAUGAUCUACACUACGCAUGCUGGCUGCGGUAUGGACCUGUACUUGUUGCAGCUCUUCCUCAUGGUCGAGUUCGCCGUUAUCCCCCUCAACAUCACCACCUUCAUGGAGCAGUUGGGCUACGGCAAGAGUAAGACCCACGAGUUCUUUUUCUACAUGACGUACGUGUUUUGGUUCGUGGCGCGUGUCCUGCUGCCCAUCUACAACGUCUACGUGCUCUGGACCAAGAUCAUCCCGGACGCCGGAGCCGCACCCCUGUGCACUGUGCCGGCAGCUUUCUGCGGCCACAUCAUCGCCGCGUUUUGCAUCGGCGUAUUCAUCUUUGUAUGGACGCCUGACGUCUUGGCUAAGUGGCGAGUGCCUGUGCUGCAGAUGGAAGAGUACCCGGACUACAAGCUGACGAUGCGCCAGUCGAUGACGCCCCGCUCGAAUCCGAUCUUCACUCCGACCGCCGGGAAUGACAAGUGGGGAACGAAUUACGGCUCUGUGUCGGGCAAUACUCGAGAACCCCAAUGGACUUCUAAGUCGAUCGUGUGAGCAGCGAUAAGCCCAUGCUGCACGCUUCGAACGUGCGUAGUGGACGUCCUCCUCAAUGAUGAAGCUUCAGUGCUAGAUAUGUGUAAUUUAGUGGAUGGAGGCAGCUCUUUAGUGCCCCUCGUGUGGUGUUACCAGCUGAACCUGGCAAGCUCGUGUCCGGCUGCAAUUAUCGCGGCCGCGCAUCAAACUUCCCACUGUUUUUCUGAAAACGAAUCCACAUCGAGUCACUACCCAACCCGUACCAACACUAUCUAUGCUUCUGGUAGUCAUUCAACCGUCUUUGGCUUCGCCUUGGCUCUCGAUUUCUUCGGCAGGAUGAUUAAUGAAGCACUGGUGAUAAUGAUGGCUGCUCCAAUGACGCUGUACGUGCUAACGUGUUCCCCGAGUAAUGCGAUGUCCCAGAACAGCACAAACACGACGUCGAGAUAGCGCAUGACGGAUGCAAUGCCUGCACUGGACUGCUGGAAGCCCAUUGUCAAGAACACCUGGCCGACAAAUGCAAAGAAGCCGCUACCGAACAGCGCGACCACCAGACUUGAGUCUGUGGGCAAGGAGAAACCCUGGCAAUAUAGCACAAGCACCAAGGUUAUUUACUACUUAAUGCUCAACAAACGAUACUGCUUAUGACCUACCACAUCGAAAUACCACAGCGUAGCGAGUGCGUAGAGCAGCCCAAAGAGCAGGAAGUAGUAGUUAAUAAUCGCAUAGUUUAGCUUCUUCAGCUGGCGCAUCGUAAUAUACGAGGAAGCUUGCAUUAUAGAGCCACCGAGUGCACAAAUAA